UGAAGGUUCUGGUUCUCAUUUCCUACCCCGGUUUCUCUCUCCGCUUCCCGAGUUAUCCCGUGGGGAAGAACAAACCCGGGGGCGCCGCGAUGCCGCCCGCCCCCACUCAUGCCCAAGCAAGGACGCGGGAUUGAGAAGAAAUCGGAGCAAGGAGGACGACAGCGCGCGUUUCGAACCCGCAGCGAAGGUGUGCGGACUCCGCCAGCAGCAGGACCGGCGGGCGUGCGGACCUUGCCUUGCCCCGGGCUCCGCCCGCCGGGAGCGCGUGCGGCCGGCGCGUGCGCGGUGCGGCCCAGCCCGGGUCACCACCGUCGCGAUGCCUAUUUUAGUCAAAGCCGCCGCGGGCGCGGGGACUGGCCCGACCGAGACUCGUGCCCGUCCGUGGAGUCGUCACGUCCGUGUCCGGGGUGUCCCCGGUGUCCCGCGCCGCCCGGGCUGCGUGCCUCGGACAAGCCAGGAAUUUUCAACAUGAAUUAUACAGAAUCCAUCCCACUGACAGAAUCAACUGUACUAGGUUUUACAUCUGAGUUAGAAAGUAUCAUACCUGUGCCUUCCAAUGAGACCACUUGUGAAAACUGGAGAGAAAUACAUCAUCUAGUUUUUCAUGUAGCAAAUAUUUGUUUUGCAGUUGGUUUGAUUCUUCCAACUACUCUUCACCUUCAUAUGAUACUUCUUAGAGGGAUGUUAACCAUAGGAUGUACCCUUUAUAUUGUCUGGGCCACUCUCUACCGAUGUGCCUUGGAUGUAAUGAUCUGGAACUCUGUGUUCUUGGGUAUCAACAUUUUGCAUCUUUCAUAUCUUUUGUACAAGAAAAGACCGGUCAAGAUUGAAAGGGAACUCAGUGGUAUCUACCGGAGAUUGUUUGAGCCACUCCGUGUGUCUCCAGAUUUGUUCAGAAGAUUAACUGGGCAGUUUUGUAUGAUCCAAACCUUGAAGAAAGGCCAGACUUAUGCUGCAGAGGAUAAAACCUCAGUUGAUGACCGUCUGAGUAUUCUCCUGAAGGGAAGGAUGAAGGUCUCCUAUCGAGGACAUUUUUUGCAUAACAUUUACCCCUGUGCCUUUAUAGAUUCUCCUGAAUUUAGGUCAACCCAGAUGCACAAAGGUGAAAAAUUUCAGGUCACCAUUGUUGCAGAUGACAACUGCAGAUUUUUAUGUUGGUCAAGAGAGAGAUUAACUUACUUUUUGGAAUCAGAGCCUUUCCUGUAUGAAAUAUUUAGGUAUCUUAUAGGAAAAGACAUUACCAAUAAGCUCUACUCAUUGAAUGAUCCCACCUUAAAUGAUAAAAAGGCCAAAAAGUUGGAGCAUCAGCUCAGCCUUUGUGCACAGAUCUCCAUGCUGGAAAUGAGGAACAGCAUUGCCAGCUCCAGUGAUGGUGAAGAUGGCUUUCACCAGUUUCUGCGGGGCUCCUCCAGCUUGUCUUCUCUUCAUGUGUCCUCUCCACACCAGCGAGCCUCUGCCAAGAUGAAGCCAAUACAGGAAGGGGUAGAAGAUGACGAUGAGGUCUUUGAACCAGUGUCUCCAAAUAAAUUUACAGUCCAUCAGUUGCCUUGAUCAGAAUUCAGCUACCAAGAUGGAAACUGUCCUGAGAGAUCCUGAGGACACCAGCACUGUUUCAUGGCUUUUGGUUUCUCUGCUUCAAGAGGCUAGGGGCAGGAAAGCAAGAAAGGGUCAAAGAUGGAACAGUUAUUUUACCUGUCCUUUUUACUGGUCAGUGUUUUAAGUUUUACUGAGCCUUCUGACUAAACUUCAUUCUAGUUUAAGAUGGAUAUUUUC